UUGAAUUUCCGGACUACAUAUGUCAGUCAUUCUGGACAAGUGGUGUAUGCUCCACGCUCUAUCUGUAUCCACUACCUCGCCACAUGGUUCUUUGUGGACCUCAUUGCUGCUUUGCCCUUUGAUCUUCUCUAUGCAUUCAACGUCACAGUGACAUCUCUGGUACACUUACUGAAGACGGUUCGACUAUUGAGACUACUGAGGCUAUUGCAGAAGCUGGACCGAUAUUCCCAGUACAGUGCCAUGGUGCUAACACUUCUGAUGUCCAUGUUUGCUCUGCUGGCUCACUGGAUGGCCUGUGUCUGGUAUGUUAUUGGGCGCAAAGAGAUGGAA